AUGCCUUCACUCUCAGAAGCAUACAGAGCCCACCCCGUUCCCGUUUACCACAAGCACCCCGACUUCGACUCCCUACAAGAACUCCCUGAAUCUUACACUUGGACACACCUUGACGAUCAUGCUUACCCUUCCAAUUAUAGCAUCAAGGAAACUGUCCCUGUUAUUGAUCUCAAUGACCCAAAUGCUUCAAAGCUGAUAGGCCAUGCAUGCAAAACUUGGGGUGUCUUUCAAAUUGUAAACCAUGGCAUCCCCAUAAGCCUCCUUGAUGACAUUCAUGGAACUGGCCAAACCCUUUUCUCUCUUCCUUCUCACCAAAAGCUUAAAGCAGCUCGUUCCCCUGACGGCGUUUCUGGCUAUGGCGUCGCUCGUAUCUCCUCAUUCUUCCCCAAACUCAUGUGGUCUGAGGGCUUCACAAUCCUUGGAUCCCCUCUCGAACAUUUUCGUCAGCUAUGGCCCCAAGAUUACGGCAAAUACUGUGAUAUUGUCGUGCAAUACGAUGAAACCAUGAAAAACCUAGCGGGAAAGCUAAUGUGGCUCAUGUUAGAUUCUCUCGGUAUUACAAAGGAUGACAUCAAAUGGGCUGGUUCAAAUGACCAAAUCAAAAAGGCUUGUGCUGCUUUGCAAUUGAACUCCUACCCGAGCUGUCCGGAUCCGGAUCGGGCCAUGGGUCUUGCCCCGCACACAGACUCGACCCUUCUCACAAUCCUUUACCAAAAAAACAUCAGUGGGUUGCAGGUUCAACGGGAAGGAUCCGGGUGGGUGACGGUGCCACCACUUCCCGGCGGGCUCGUGAUCAAUGUUGGCGACCUCCUCCACAUUUUAUCAAACGGGUUGUACCCAAGUGUGCUCCAUCGGGUUCUAGUGAACCGGACCCGUCAGCGGUUUUCGGUUGCUUAUCUAUAUGGGCCCCCAGCCAAUGUGGAGAUUGGGCCACAUGCAAAGCUUGUAGGCCCAAGUCAACCUCCGGUUUAUCGACCAGUGACUUGGAACGAGUACCUUGGAACCAAAGCAAAGCAUUUCAAUAAGGCUCUCUCGUGGGUUCGGCUUUGUGCACCUAUUAACGGUUUGUUUGAUGUAAACGAGUCUCACGAAAAGAGUGUGCAUGUUGGUUAG